CACCGCGGCGGAAGGGUGUACCAGCUGCUGUGCCAGGUGGCCGCGAGUGAUGUGCAUGCGUGUGUACCGUAGCGGGUGUAUGUGCUUGCGUGUGUGUGCGUAAUUUGACACGACUUAAUAUAGAGGAGAAUGUGAAUACAAGUGAAUAAUGCCUAAAAAUUCAUCUUACUUUUCACUAAUGAACUUAGAAAUGUACUUAUGUGUGGAGUCAAAGGAAUAACCCCGUUCAUGCAUGAUGUUUGUUUUAGAACUUAGAACUGGAGUCUUUCUCUUUGAAGACUACGGAAUAAAUCUCUUAACUGUUCACUGAGAAUUACUAAUAUCCAGCACACAUUAUAUACAUGAAGGCGAGGCUGGCAAGAGACACACGCCUUGUGAUCAAGUCUCCACACCUGGUCAGAUCAAUAGCUAUAAAACUUAGUGUUAUUUUAAUGCCUACUAAAAAUACUUAACGCGUCUCUUAUGAUUCCAGCGGUGUUGAGUUUCUGAAGGAUGAACUAUACCAGAGGUUAAACAAUAAACAAGUUGAUUAUCAAUAAUUAAGCAAAUAAUUAUCCCCCAUUACGUCAUUAAUGAGGGUGACCAAGCAAAUUGUGCCUUCACGUGUCUGAAGGUUAAUGGAUGCAUAAAGUGUGAGUUGUGGGGUAUAGACCAGCACCUACAACGCCCUCGUCAGGUAGCGCCUAGACACUCUUCUCACUAGUUCACCUGAUCGUCUGUGGAGGCGAACACACAGACGUGGAAGAUAUCUCAUGCCUCCGGAUCUUAUCGACCUGGCUCCGUCAGGUGCCUGGUAAUCCCAGCUCUAACCCACCUGGUAGUUGUGGAUCCAGUAUGGUUGGCAGCUGAGGCGGCCUAGCAUGGACUGGGUGAGGUUCACCAUCCUCCUGGUGGUGUGGGCAGCAGGGGCGGGCAGUGAAGGGGUCACCAACACCGUCUGCCCAUCCAGGGACGACAACCCCUGGUGUCCCUGUUACCACUUCGACGAUGGCAUCUUCCUGGAAUGUCCCAUGGUGUCCCUGGGCACGGUGGCUGAGGUCCUGGGAUUGGUACGACGUCCAAUUAAGUCCCUCAGCAUCUACGACCUCGACACCAACGUCACGUCAUUAAUUCCUGGAAUCUUCAGCAAUAGCGAAGGCGUUACUAUCUUGCAAAUUUCACAUUCUAAUCUUCAGAAUAUUGCGGACGGUAGUUUCCGAGGACUGGAGAAAUCCCUGCAGAGUCUGACCAUCAUGCACAGUCAGCUUACUACUGUCCCUCAAGCGGCGCUACAGAAGCUCUCCAAGUUAAGAUCAUUAGACCUGGAAGCUAAUAAUAUCACUGAACUACAAAGCUAUAGUUUUUUCAACAUGAAGUUAGUAACUCUUAACCUUAAAGGCAAUGGUAUAAAAUUAAUAUCAGAAUAUGCUUUCGAUGGCCUGGAAGACAGUUUAGAGGAUCUUAACCUAAUGAACAAUAAACUCAAGCAGCUUCCAAUACCUGCUCUGCGGCGACUUAGUAAACUGCAGUCAUUAAAGGCCACCUGGAACCAAAUCUCAGAUGUGGUCAGUGAUGGGUAUUCCCACCUCCCGGCGCUCCACGUGCUGGACCUUAGUAGUAACCACUUUACAGAGCUGACCAGCAGUACCCUGGCCACCAUGCCGGCCCUCGUCUCCCUCUCUGUGUACAUGAAUGAUAUCUCUCACGUUGCUGGUGAUACCUUCAUACAAAACUCUGGUCUACGGUCCCUUUACCUGAGCCACAACAACAUCAUGAGUCUCUCCCCGGAAACGUUCUCCUACACCAUGUACAUGAGGGUGAUAGAUCUCGGCGACAACCACCUUCACUCUAUAGAGGACGGCAUGUUUAGUAAUCUUCCUGAGCUACAGGAAGUGUUUUUAAACAAUAACAACAUCUUGAAAAUCUGUAACGAAACUUUCGCCAACUCCACUAAGAUCUCCGUCCUGUACCUCCAAAACAACGAAAUUCAUUCCAUUGAGAGUGGAGCAUUUGCCAGCAUGGAGUCACUCUCCAAUCUCCAGCUCAGUUCUAACAAUCUGGAGGAGAUUCCAUUGGGGCUUUUCUUUACCACCCGGACUUUGAAUUCCUUGAGUCUGGACGACAACAGAAUCACAUCACUGCCAGACGGCAUCUUCAGCCAACUCCCCGACCUGCGGGAGCUGAGACUACAGAACAACAGACUCAUCAGGAUCGAGGGAGGAAUCUUCUCGCCGCUCCCAAACCUUCUCGAGUUACACUUGCAGAAUAAUCUCAUAGAGGUCAUCGCCAAAGAAGCCUUUUCGUCAUUAGAAAAUCUCCAGCAUUUAAAUUUGGAAGGGAAUCGUUUGACUGAGUUACCUGAUCUCCUGAGUCGGUAUCCUGCGAACCUAAUAACACUAAAACUUUCAAAAAAUCAAAUAAAAAAUAUUCAUGCUGAUGCAUUUAGGGGACAAGACAAGCUUGAAAUAUUUUGGUUAAAUGACAACAACAUAACAACACUUUUGAAUAUAUUAGUCAGUGAUCUGUCUUCCUUACAAGAGUUGUAUCUGGAAAAUAACCAGAUCAACAACAUUCAAGAUAAAUGCUUUAAGAGCAUGAAGAAGUUGGAGCAUCUUUCACUCUCCAACAACCAGAUGCAACACGUCAGUUCCUUGUUAUUCGAAGGUUUAACAUCCCUGGAAAAACUAUACAUGGAUAAGAACAAGAUUAUGGAUAUUGAGCCACAAACUUUUCAAAAACUGAAGAAAUUGAAGGAUCUAGAUCUCUCCAAUAAUCAGAUCUUCGUCAUUCGGAGAUACAUGUUUGAAGGGACAAUCCCCAUCAUUAUGCUGAAUCUGAAGGGUUCCAUGAUCAACGAGAUCGAUCCAGACGCCUUCAGCGAUUUACUGUACCUGGAGGAACUGAACUUGAAGAGCAACAUGCUAACCCAGCUCAACAGACUUUACCUUAAUGUGCGGAGUAUUAAGACUCUUAACAUAGCAGAUAAUAAGUUUGAAAAGAUUGAAGAGGACGCACUGUAUAGUCUGCCCGUUAUGAGUACCUUAGAUAUGAGUGAAUGUCAACUUCUCCGACUACCUCCACACUUGCUGGCUGAGGCAUCGGAGCUUCGGUCUCUCAACCUGGCCAAAAACAAUUUUAAGACUCUUACUGCUGCGCUCUUCCAGAAAAUGAAAGGCCUGAAAGAGGUAGAUCUGUCUUACAACAACUUGUCUAACACUAUAAUGACUUCCUUAGAGGGUCUUUCGAAGCUCGAGGUGCUAAGACUUAGAGGAAAUCCAUUAGUGGAACUAAGUGGGUCUCUGAAUGAGAUGGCCAAUCUUCGAGAAUUGCACUUAUCUGAAACGAAGUUAAUCAAAAUGGACAACACAGUAUUUAGCAAAUUAAGGAAUUUGAAAGUACUUGAUCUUUCCAAUAACAGUCUGUCGGAAAUUCCACCGGGUAUCUUUGCCAACCUGAGUAUCGAAAAACUCAGCCUUGCGGACAACAUCUUCUACCAAAUCCCCAAUGCCAUGUUCCUGGACGGCAUGCCGGCGCUCAGGACUCUCAACAUGUCUGGCAAUCCUCUGCUGCGCGUCACUGGUCCUCUCGUCUCAGGGGGUCCCACCUUGGCCCUUCUUCAAGAGCUGGAGGCUGCAAGAACCAACCUGACGCUGCUGACGAGUCAUGACCUGUUGCUCACACCCAACCUUCGCUCCCUCAACCUCGCACACGCUGCCAUCGCCAAGAUCUCGCCCGGGUGCUUUAGAAACCUUACCAGUCUCUCCAAUCUUAAUCUUGGCUACAACCGGCUGGAGAUUUUACCUAGGGAGAGACUGCGGGGUCUCAAAACACUUUCUCACCUCAACCUGACGGGGAACAGCCUGAAGAAGCUUGACCAACUGCCCUCUGGAUCACAUUCAUUACAGGUGUUGGACGUCUCUAGCAAUAUGCUGACGGAGUUGACGGACUCGACCUUCAAGAAUGGCGAGAGUGUGGAGAAUCUGCUGCUGGGAUCAAACUGGAUUACCACUAUACACCCAAGAGCCUUCGUGCCACUCACCAGUCUCCGUUACCUCGACCUCUCCAACAACUACCUGGAGGGGCUCAGCACCGUAUCACUGGAGCCCAUCGAAAGAAGCCUGGAGACCCUCCAGCUGGGGGGGAAUCGCUGGAACUGCGGGUGCGAGGUGAGCGAGUUGUGGUCGUGGCUCCAGGACCAUCUCUCCUAUGUGUACGACCCUACCACCCUCGACUGCGAGCUGCCCAAGACGCUACGUGGUCAGUCGUUCCUGCUGAUGUCGUCCUCGACCUUCUGUCCUCAGCCAGUGAUCCUCCGUCUGGCCAUCCAGGACAUACAGAGUCAGUCGCUGCUGGUGUCGUGGCAGGCGUCCAACUCCUCCGCUGUCUAUGGCUUCAAGGUGUCGUUUCAGGUGACUGCUGGCGACGGACGGGUGUUGGGGGGCCUCAACACCCGCACCCUGCCUGCCACUCCUCGUACCUACCGCCUGGGUGAUCUACAGCCAGGGACGAGCUACCUGGUGUGUGUGCAGGGCCUCACCACAUCUCUCAAGCCCGUCAGUAGAGCCCGACCACACACUCAGCAGGACGCCCUCAGCACACAGCACCCCCUGGACCUGGACACCAAGUGCACGCGGGGGAAGACGCUGGAGCAGCCCCAGGCACAGAUCGUCCUCAACAACCGUCUGGCCAUCAUCAUCGGGGUGUCGCUGGGCAUCUUUAUCUUCGUGGUGGUGGGCACCAUCAUCUGCUGCUGCCAAAUUUGCAAGAACAAAAGGGAACCUGUCAAGCCGGAAGGUCCGGGCACCCAGGAUUAUCUCUCCUACAGACACUUCUCUAUUCCGGGCAACGACGCCAACUCCUAUGAGGGUUACACAGCGUGUUAGGAGCACUGUGAAGAUUGCACCUACGUGCUAGGAGAGCUAGGAAUACCCUAGCACCGAUUCUCAGUCCGAAAGAUAUGAACUCUUAUUUCUUGGACGCAAACUCCUAUGGGCGUUGUUACAGUGCGUGCUAGGAGCGUCAGGAACUGUGUUGUAACUUAGGUGCGAGUUAAAGGCUGUAAAAAUGCCUAAACGUUCGACAUUGUUAUGUUGUGAGUUGUGUAAACUUGGACAAGCAGAUCCAUAUUGGAGAUGGCCGGUGAUUCGAGGAAAUAUCUUGGAAUGUUUUGGGAAUCUUCUGUGAUCUUAGGAUGUACUAACUUAGAUGUGCAUCCAAAGAUUUUCUUCAAGGAGUCAGUUAGUCGGAAUAUUUGUUGUUGAAAUUCUGAAGUGUUCAUAGUGUUGGUUAUGACUGUUUCUGCCUAAGAAAUGUACAGUGUAUAGAUUUGUAAGUAAGAUAGUGAUGAACUAGACAAGUCAUGUCAAGAAUGUUUUUUGGCACUCACGCCAGUACUGGAAUAGUGCGUGUGUGUUUAUCACUUACCAGAUACACCGACCAGUGAAUCCAAAAACCCGUGUUCACAAUCAUCUGAACAAGCGCAGGUACAGAAAUGAGUACUGGUAUAGGUACAAACACAGGUUGACGGACAUUUGCACAAGAUCAGGUACAAUAAAGAUAAUUACGGUGGUCUGUUACUCCUACUUACGACUACAAUACAUUUCUGAGUGAAACAUUUACCAGUUAAACCAGUCCUGCAUUUACCAUGUAAUCUGUAAUUUCUUUUACCACUGAUAAAGGAGAGUUGAUACCAAUGAUGCAUUUACAUUCCGUUUACUACUGAAAGUUUGAUUCUUGCGGUCCAAAAUAUUGAUAGAUAUAAUAAGAGGUACAGACACUUAUCUCUUCUCCUGACUAUGGGUCACGCGCCUCUAAAUGAAUGUUAAAGGCAUUUGUUUAUAAGUCUUCGUGAAUUAUUGAGAGCCUUUAAGUGGUGAUUGUUUAAAGUGGAUGUUUAUGUGGGUUAAGUGUGAGCCUUUAAGUUCUUCUCAUGUGAUAUUUUUGGGGGAUUUUUCAGCGAGUCGCUGACAGAAUACUAAUUUUGCUUCUCUGCGAAUAUCAUGUGAAUUUUGAGUGGAUUUCACCUGAGACCAAAGUGUACCUUUACGUAAAUAUAUUGAUAAAGUUUGGUGAAUAAAAAUUCAAUGGGUCAUAAUUAAUGGAAAUUAUUCUAUCUAUAUAUUCCAAGACUGUUGUAUAUCAAUGAAAAUACAUAGAUACGCGAGUCUUCUAAGAACAAAAUAAAUACACAGAUCUUCAAGGAUAGUGUAUUUCAAUGAUGAUGCUUGUAUGAUUUAUACGUCAGAAACAAUAUACACAAAUACCCAAGACUGGUGUAUAUUAGUGAGAGUGUGAGAGUGGAUAUACACGUCAGCUGUAUAUAGUCAGUCAGCUCCGUGUCUGCUACACUUGGUUCUCGCUGACCAAGUUUUGUACAUAGUUGUAAAAUAAACACGAAAAUCAGACAUCCCCUUGGAUCCUACGCUGGCGGACUAACUCUGGUGUGGUGCUAAGUGUUUCCUUUAGGAGUGACUGUACAUUUUGGAACCUCCCUCAGUGUUGUGCGCUUAUAACACAUCAUAUUUUCUCCGAUGUUGGAAGCUUAAGACACCCGAACCUCUCUUGUUGUAUUGGGAGCUUAAAAAAAACAUUAAUUUUUUCAGUGUUGCGACCAUACCACACAACACAUUUCUCCAGUGAUAAAAGCUUCAAACACAAUAAACGUCUUCAAUGCUAUAUAGUAUUGAAUCUUUACGACACAUUAAACCUUGUCAUUUAUGUGAAAUUACAACGUGGCUUGACAGUUUCGGUGAUUUGUAAAUAGAAGCUGACGAAAAAUAACAAGAAUAACAUAAACAGAAGAGGAAAUAAGGAAAAGACAGAAAAUAAUGUAAGGACCAGAUAGUGACCAGCGAAUAAGAGAUAAAUAUAUGCAUAGAAGAGAGAGAACGAUAAAUGAGACAAAAUAUGAUAAAUGCAAAACUGUGAGUCUAAAUGAAAAAAAAAGAACGUAAAGAAAAUGAACUAAAACCAGGUACCGAUAAGAGAAAUAGCAAAAGAUGGUUGUAAAAAGAUAAAUACUAAAA